UUUGGAUUUCACCCGCACUGUUACGUAACAGUCCGGGUGAAAUCUGAGCGAUAUGAAUACUCCCACCCUCACGCUGGGUAUCUCCUCCCAUAUUACGCCGGCUACCUGAACGAGGAUCCGCCAUGACAGCCUGACCGCUACCAUGUACAACCCGAAAGCCAAGCACUCCUGCUCUGUCGUCGGAUGCACGGAUACUCAUGUUUCCCUACAUCGCCUCCCUGCCAAAGAGGAUAUCAGAGCGAAGUGGCUAAAUUUUAUUUUUCAGGGAAACGUCCCAGCUUCAGUGAGCAAAAGCGUUUUUGUCUGUGCCAAUCACUUCACGCCGGACUGUUUCAGCAACGAGGGUCAGUAUAAGGCUGGACUGGCAACGAGAUUGUUCCUAAAAGAUGGAUCCAUACCCACUGUCCGUGGCAACGCCACAGAUGAAGGAACUCCAAGCACAUCUGUACAGCAGCCUGUGGUGCAUCAUGUUGCCUGCCAGACAGACCAACCAGUGACAUGCACAGUUGGCACACAGCUUUCCAUGAGAACUCUCCAGCCUCACUUCAGAAGCACAGGCACACAGAAAUCAGUGUCCUGUGCUGAUGUUGGAGUUGGCACCUCAACCAUUGCCUUCUCAACUUCUCAACCAUUCUUAUCAUCAACCCCAAUAAAGAGACCACGCAAAAGGGCUCGCUUGGAACUGGAGGAGGAGGAAGAGGAGAAUCCAUUGGAGGGCAGUUCAUCCAUGGACAUUCCCGACCCCAAGGAUUCUUCAUAUGAUCCUGAGGACUCUGUCACAGUUUUGUCUGAGUCAGCAGAUGUGACACUGGAGCCUUCCUGCCCUGUUCAUAAGACACCAACAUAUAUUGUCUAUGAAAAGUGUCUGAUGGAGCUGUUUGAGGUGUGCCCUGUCUGUCAGCGUGUUUCAGACGUGCAGACAAGAAGGAUAGGCACGUUCCUCUCUGUAGAACAGACAUGCCCACAUUGUCAGUUCUUCAGAAAAUGGAACAGCCAGCCAAUUCUGGGAAGCACACCUGCAGGAAACCUCCAGCUUUCAGCUGCAGUAUACACCACAGGUGCAUCUUUCUUCAAACUUGAAAAGAUCUUCCGGGCAAUGCAGCUGAAGAUGUUUCAGUAUGACACUUUUCGCCGUCAUGCACGGACGUACAUAGAGCCUGCCAUCAUACACACGUGGAAGACUGUGCAGGACGCCAUGAUGGAGCAGCUUAGUCAGCAGGAGAGUGUUAUCCUAGGUGGCGACCUAAGGGCUGACUCACCAGGGCACUCUGCCAAGUUUGGCAGUUACUCAGUGAUGGACCUGAGGAGCAACACUAUUAUUGACAUACAGCUGGUUCAGAGCAACGAAGUUGGUGGAAGUUAUCACAUGGAGAAAGAAGGUCUGAAGAGGAGCCUUGCUCUCUUGGAGGCACGUGGUGUUGCAUUGGACAGCAUUGUCACAGACCGUCACCCUCAGAUCCAGAAGUUCCUGAGGGAGGCCAAAGUGACACAGUACUACGAUGUCUGGCACAUGGAAAAAGGACUGUCCAAGAAACUGGUCAAGAUAGCCCAGAACAAAGAUUGCGCGAAGCUGAAGAAGUGGCUUCGCAGCAUAAAGAACCAUGUGUACUGGACAGCAGCCUCCUCUACGUCAGGGCCAGAGAGAGUGGCUAAGUGGACCUCCAUUCUUAACCAUGUCCAAGACAUCCACACACAUCAAGAUCCUGCUUUCCCCCAGUGCUUGCAUCCGCAGCGCACCUCAAGAGACAAGAGCAAAUGGUUGACAGCAGGAACACCAGCUUUCUGCAGGCUAGAAAAGGCGUUGACUAAUAAGAGAAUUCUGAAAGAUGUGGAAAAGCUCAGCCCUCACUAUCAGACCUCAUCGCUGGAGGCAUUUCACAGCGUCAUUCUGCGGUUUGCACCCAAGAAUGUUGUCUUCCCCUACCUUGGAAUGUUAUGCAGACUCUACCUGGCUGCCCUGCAUUACAAUGAAAAUACUGGCCGACCACAGGCAACAUCUACAAGUGGAGAGCUGCUGUACAGAGUCAACUUCCCCAAAUCUAAACAUGGAGAAUGCACCGCAAAGCCUGUGAAAGCAGAGCCAACAUUCCACUACGUUGAUGCACUGUUGGACCUGAUCUUCGAGAAGGUUUUCCAGGACCCUGCCCCAUAUGUGAACGAGGUGCUGAAACUUACAAUCCCUGAAGACCUCUCUGCUCAGUAUGAAAGACCCGACAAGCUGGACGUUAUAGCCAGUUACGUGUCAAGGUUCAACCAAGGACAGGUCUGA